CGCAGGCUUUCUUCUAUUGCUUUCAUUCAAGAACCCACAAAAAUCUCUCACAGACUCACCAUGAAUCUCAAGACUGUUACCAUCCUCCUCGGCCUAUGCGAGAUACUCCUCGCCGUCCCCAUUCAAGGCUCCCAGAAAGACAAACGUCAGGGUCUCGAAGGCUUUAAUUUCGGCGAUCUGGCGAGUACAGGUGCCUCUGGCACUACCACAGGCUCAAACACCAAUCCGUUUGGGUCGUUGCUCUCUGGCAUCAUUCCGUCCACGAGCGGCUCAGGCUCCUCAAGCGGCACUGGAAAUAUGAUUUUCCCAUCUGGAACUUUGACCUCUGGAUCUCAAACCGGGUAACGGCGAAACGAACCAAGGACAGUCUGGUUCUGGCGACCUUUCCCAGGCUGGAGAGGGUGGUCAAGACGCCGACGAGGAGGGCCAAGACCCCAAUGAGGGUGACAGUCCAGAAGACGAGACUGUUGCUUGAAUAUGCUUCACACCUUGAGCAUUCAUGACAGCGAAACCGAGCACGUCAUCGGAAGAGCAAGGAUCCCAUUUCUUUUGUCAAUGUAGGCAGAGGGCAGGGUUGAGUUGGGCGGGCAUUGACUUCUCGGUGCCCGGGACUUCUGUUGUUUGCUUCUUUCCUGUCAUCUUUUGGCUUAUAUGACUGUCAAGGAUAGCACUGCUAUGUCUCUGCCUAAGCUUCCCUUGCAUCAGCAUCAGCAAUGUUGAUCAUUCAAGUCAAAAUUUAAAUGAUUUGUUUUCUCGCGG